AUGUUAGUAGAAAGAACAAAUUAUGAUGAAGAAAGUGAUGCUGAGAUAAAAGACCCUGACCGAAUACAUAAAUAUAUCACUGUAGUUUUUGAGGUUGACAAUAAAGAAAAUUUGGACCUUUAUUUGAAUGAAGAGAUUAGAACACCAAAGAUUCAAAAAGCUUUACAAGAUAAAUUCAAUUCCAAAAAUGCCUUAGUGGUUUCUUCAUGUCGUGUUUUAUAUCUGCUUUGCACUUUGGGCGAAACGAAUCAGUUAAAUGCAAAAAUAUAA